AUGUCAUUACCUAGAAUUGCAGGUAGACAAUCAAACAAUCAAAGCAAGGGAGUUGCAAGCAUAUUGACGAAUUGGGGAGCCCCUUCUUCCCAAGGCCAAGAAAAAAGACCCAUUCGAAGGAAAAAUUCACAAGAGGAUUUGUCAAGAGAUCUCAUUCCAUAGCAAGACAACUAAUACAGUUCUACCAUGAUAACAGACUCACCAAGGCAUGAGGGAAGAGGAGACUUUAGAGAUGAGUUUCAAAUAGAUCCAAGGGGUCCCAUUCGUUUGAACAGACCAAUGAGCAAUCAGUUACAAUAGUAACAGUCUUCAUUUUUGUAACCAGCAAAUGAAUUGACUCUGCCUCCCUCGCUUUCACAGGACAGACUGAUGAAGUUUAACGCAGGAUUCGAUGGCAAAGCUUUGCUUCAUGAUUUGGACUAGAAAUUUGAAACAUAAGAUCGCUUAAUCAACUACUUGGUUUCUCAGAUCAACUCUAUGGAAACAAAUUAUUAAUCUCUGAACAGGAAAGCGCAAUCCAUAGCGGAUUAGGAGAGAGAUGCAAGGAUGAAAAUAGAGAAUUCAGUCAAGUAUACUAACGACUAACAGCACUACAACCUGAAUGAAGUUAUGUAGAAGAUAGGGUUCUUAGAAGAUCAGAUCAAAAGAGAGGAAAAGACGAAGCUUGAGAUGAGAGACCGUCUCAGGAUAGCAGAUGAAAAUAACAGGGAGCUCAUGAAUUUUAUAAAGAGCAUUCAGACUUAAAGUGAUUAAGAGUUGACGUAAAUGCGCUCAUACUUGCAAGAGAAGUUAAAUGAAGAUCACAUUGGUACUAUCAAACAGAAGGAAAAAAGUACUGUACUGUUUAACGAGGUGGUUAGAUUGGGUUAAGAGUAUGAGAAGUAGCUAGAGUUUAUGCAAGGUCUCAACUAAAACUAUGAGAAUCGUAUUUAAACAAUGGAGGCUAGACUUGCUUCAACGGAACAAAAUACUUUUGCAAAUGAAAAGAGAGGAGAUAUUGGCUAGAAUAUGGUAAAUGAUGUAGUGCAAAAGCUAGAGAGCAAACUGCUGAAUGUCGAAUAAAACGUGCAUUUUAUGAGAAAUGAGCAGUCAAAGGAGAGAGAAAAUUUGAGUCGAUUGGAAAUUUCAAGUCUGAGGUAUAAUGAAGACUUUAAGAAUAUACUUUCACAAGUAUAAAAUGAGUUCUAGGGUAGAUUAGAGAUUAAAAUGACUGACUUGGUGAAUAGGCUACUUCUGGAAUAGGAGGAAAGAAUGCGUUCACUGGAUGAUAUUAGAUAUCAAUUAGAUAUCAAGGAUAAAAUGAAUUAGGAGAAGACUAAGCACGAACGUGAGGAAAUGCGCGACAGGUAUGCAGCUAUGGAUGCAGUAGUCCGAUCUGAAUUCCAAAGAAAGGACGAGGCCAUCAUGUCUUUACAGAAUAGUCUGGAGACUCAGAUCAGAACUAUAAAUGGUUGGGUUAAGUAAGAGGAACUUUCUAGGACUCAAUAGGAGAUUAAUCUGAGAACAGAGAUAGGUAAAGUCUCUGACGGCAUUCGCUAUGAUGUAGAAGGCUUCAAAGCAUAAUAGGUCUAAGUAACUGAAAAACUCAGUGAAAUGAUUAAAAUGGAGGUGGACAGCAGACUUCAGUCAGAGAGGGAAAGCAAAUAGCUCAUUCAGGGUCUGAUUAAAAAUGUAAUGGUAGAAGUGGCUGGUAUCAAAGAGCAGUCUGACAAGACACUGCAAAAGCUGAUGAAGGAUGUGAAGGACACUGCACAUGACUCUGCUGAAAGAGCUCAUUUCCUAAGUAGGUACAUUGAUGAGGAAAUUAUUAAAAUUGGUACUAAAGUUACCAAAUAAAUUGACAACAUCAAAACUCUCUGUGCAAAACUAACUGAACAAUUCAAAAAGCAUUUGAUAAACCAUGAAAACAUGAAGAAAGAUAUCUAUAAGAGAUUUGACAUUAUAGAGAACCACUUGCCAAUCUACAGAAGUGAACUGUACAAACUAUUGGAAGGUACAGAAGGCAGAUGCCUGGGAAAGAUGAAGGAAGUCAAGGAUGCUAUUGAGCAGACUAUGCUUACUAACUUCUAAGUCUUGGAUGAAAGAGUUGAUCAGUUCUCUGAAUUGGUGGACAGCAACAUGGAGACAUUAAGAAAGGCUAUUCAGGAUAACAGAGAGGUAUUCGUCUCAGUCAUUAAUAAAACCAAUGAAGAACUCGAAUCAAGAUACAACUAGUUUGUUGAGGACCUUGAAAAGGUGGUCAAUGAGGUGUAUGCCAUGUAGGUCAAGGUAGAAGACGGGGAUAAAAAGAUCAAGGAUGAGAGUGUUAAGCUAAACAAAGCUGUUAAUGAUUUGGAGGCACACAUCAAUACAAGUAUCAUUACUGAGAAAUCAGUAAGAAAAGCUCAAGAUCACCAAUUGGCAGAGGAAGUAGAUAAUAUCAACAAGAAGUUGCAGGUAGUUAGUGAUAAGCUGUAGUUGCAGAUAGACGAGGAAGGCAACUAGAUAGGGAAACAAACUACAAAGCUUGAAACUGAUCUGUCAAAUACAAAGAGGGAUGUUGACAAGGUAGCUACUGAACUCACAGAACUCAUGUAUGAAUUUAAAGAUCUCAAGGAAAAGGCUAUCAGAGAUAUCCUUCAGUAAGCAGCUUAGAUUCAAAUGGAAAGCAUGACUUCAUAACUUGAAUCUAUGGACAUCUAUCACAAAUUAGAUGAGCUCUUCACCAAUGCAGGCUAAACUGAUACUGUCAUCAAGGAGAAAUUCGAGAAAUUCAUGUUAGAGCAUUCAGGAGAGCAGCAAGAGGAGAUGAAGAAGAAAGAAAAAGAAAAGCUGGAUGAGCACCUAGACUCGAAGAUAGAAGCAGCCUUUGAAAAACUCAGAACUGAUAAUCUAUACAUUUGGAAGCAGUCAAUCGAGCUAGCUGAGAAGGAGUUCAGUCAAAAAGGUGUUGGGGAAACCAUGAAUUUCAUGCCAAAACUCCUAAUGGAUAGAAAUGAUCUUAAGAGAACAGUUAACACACUUAUGCUCGAAGAAAGCGCCAUUCCCAAAGCUGUACUUAAGUAAAAUGCUCCUCCAUCAAAGCCUCUAGAGAAAAGAGACGAGGAGGAGAAGAGAUAAGAACCAACUCCAAGAGAAAGUUCAAAGAAGCCAACCCCUAUUUCAUAAAAAGCUACACCAGAUUUAGGGUCAUAACAACAAUCAGCUUCGCAAAAUUCUCUAAAUAGCAGUCAAAUAAACAAGCCACCAAAGUGA